AUGGUGAUGCUACGGCUGACUGCAGAGCAGUACAGGAAGCUCCCCAUCCUGGUGGACAAGUCGACUUGCGUGGGAAAGACCUACGUCAUCACCGGAGGCAACUCCGGCCUGGGCCUGGAAACUGCGCGGCACCUCGUGGCUGCAUCCGCCGCGACAGUUGUCCUGGCCGUGAGGAAUCUCAACGCCGGAGAAGUGGCUAAGGCAGACAUUGAGAAGUCGACGGGACGUAAGGGCGUCAUACAGGUGCGGCAUCUGGAUCUAUCAACCUAUGCCGCCGUCCAAGUCUUCGCCAAGCAGGUCUCUCAGGAGCUGGACAGGAUCGACGGCUUCGUCUGCAACGCCGGCGUCAUGAUCGACCAGUGGGCAACUUUCGAAGGCGUUGAGAGCAGCAUGUUUGUCAACGUCGUCAACACAUUGUUCCUUGGAGUCUUGAUGAUGCCCAAGCUGAGCGAGAGCGCGCGCAAGUUCGGCAUUCAGCCUACGCUCCUCUUCAUCGUCAGCGUGCUGGGAUACACCGUCAAGGCGGAGAUGGACAAGAGCCGCAACGGGAGCGUCUUUGAUGGGCUCAACGACCCGAAGCGCGCAAACAUGGACUCGAGGUACGCUCUCACGAAGCUCGUCGAGGAAUGUGCCGUCCGUCAGUUUGCGGCCCAGUUUCCCGUAGACCGUACCGGCGUGGUCAUCACCAUGGUCGCCCCUGGUCUCUGUACCACCGGCUUGGGACGCGAUGCGAGGACAUUCACCAAGAUUAUGCAUGAAACAGUCCGGGCCAUGAUGGCCCGCACAGCGGAGGUGGGCAGUCGCACUAUCCUGCACGGCCUGAUGGUUGGCGAGGAUGGUCACGGAAAACUUCUGUCGGGCUGUAAGAUCAAGGAGUUUUGGGUGCCGGACUGGUUUUGCAACGAUGAGGGCCAGCGCUUGCAGAAGGCGAUAUGGAACGAGCUCGUUGCCAAGCUGGAACAGUGA